AUGCGUAGAUGUGUACCUGAGGAGGAUGUCUUUGACAUUCUUCGAGCUUGUCAUACUGAACCAUGUGGAGGACACUUUGCUGCUCAGAGAACCACUCAGAAGAUUCUCACUACUGGGUACUAUUGGCCUACAAUUCAUAAGGAUUAUCAAGGACCCCAGUUUACUUUAGAACUUAUUGUUGCUCUAGUCAAAGAAUAUGAGAUCCGUCCCUGGAAGUCCACUCCUUACCAUCCCCAAGCUAAUGGACAAGUUGAGGUCACCAACAAAGAGCUUGAGAACAUUCUUACCAAGACGAUUGCUCUUCAUAAGCGUGAUUGGGCCAUGCGGCUUCCUGAGGCUGUAUGGGCCUACCACACGACGUGGAAGACCACUACAGGUCUGACCCCUUAUGAACUCAUUUAUGGUAAGAAGGCAGUUCUUCCGAUUGAGUUUGAGAUUAAGACUCUGCAAACUGCAUUGCAACUCAGCCUAAGUCUCUCUGAUGCCCAGAAGGAUUGCAUUGUCCAACUACACUCUUUAGAUGAGCUCCAUCAGGAUGCGCUCUUUCACACAGAGGUCAUCCAGAAGCAGCGGGCUCUGUGGCAUGAUCGACAUAUUCGCCAACGAUCCUUUCAACCAAGGGAUUGGGCGCUCUUGUAUGACUCCCGAUUUCAGGAUUUCAAAGGCAAGUUUCAUACAAGAUGGCUGGGACCUUACGAAGUUGAGCAUGUAUAUGAUAACAGUGCUAUUCAACUCUGCACUGUGGAUUCUAAAUGGCGCAAGCUCCUCGUUAACGGUCAUCGCUUGAAGUUGUAUCGAAAACCUCUUUCAAAGGAAGCCUUCUUUCUUGAUGUGGCUAAGGAACUCACCAUGGUUCCCUUUGGCCUCCUUCAAAAUUGA